CUGAGCAAUGUUAUUUUGACAGCUCGCAAGCUUGUGCAUUUUCCGAGAGUCAUCAUCAACACAAGAGAUCCUGCGUUCCAUUCGUUCUAUUUGGCCGUGUGAAAUUUUCAACGUGAAAUAUUCUAACAAAUACACAAAUUUCUAAUCAACUGGAACAUACUGUUUGAGAUAAACAUACACACGAGAUGGCUGGCACGCUGGAAGACAAAUCGAUUUGGGAGGAUGGCGAGGAAACCCUGGGUGAGGAAGUUCUCCGGAUGCCCACCGAUGAGAUCGUCAGCCGGACCAGGCUGAUGGACAACGAGAUUAAAAUUAUGAAGAGCGAAGUGAUGCGGAUAACCCACGAGCUGCAGACACAGAACGAGAAAAUCAAGGAUAACACGGAAAAAAUUAAGGUCAACAAAACGCUCCCGUAUCUGGUGUCGAACGUGAUCGAGCUGCUGGAUGUGGACCCUCAGGAGGAAGAGGACGACGGAGCGGUGGUGGUGUUGGACUCCCAGAGGAAGGGCAAGUGUGCCGUUAUUAAGACUUCAACGAGACAGACAUACUUCCUGCCGGUGAUCGGAUUGGUCGAUCCGGAGAAGUUGAAACCGGGCGAUUUGGUGGGUGUCAAUAAAGAUUCGUACUUGAUACUGGAAACCCUUCCGGCGGAGUAUGAUGCCCGGGUGAAGGCGAUGGAGGUAGACGAGAGACCGACCGAGCAGUACUCCGACAUUGGCGGAUUGGAUAAGCAAAUUCAGGAACUCAUCGAAGCGGUUGUGCUUCCGAUGACCCACAAGGAGAAGUUUAAGAAUCUUGGUAUCCAUCCACCCAAGGGUGUACUUCUGUAUGGUCCUCCCGGAACUGGUAAAACACUGCUUGCUCGAGCUUGCGCUGCCCAAACCAAGUCAACCUUCCUGAAGUUGGCCGGUCCACAGCUGGUGCAGAUGUUCAUCGGUGACGGCGCCAAGCUGGUGCGGGAUGCAUUCGCUCUAGCGAAGGAGAAAUCUCCCGCCAUCAUCUUCAUCGAUGAGUUGGAUGCCAUCGGUACGAAACGUUUCGAUUCAGAAAAGGCUGGCGAUCGUGAGGUGCAGCGUACCAUGUUGGAACUGCUCAAUCAACUGGACGGAUUCAGUUCGACCGCCGACAUUAAAGUCAUUGCCGCGACGAAUCGUGUUGAUAUCCUCGAUCCGGCACUGCUCCGUUCCGGUCGGUUGGAUCGCAAGAUUGAGUUUCCCCACCCGAACGAGGAAGCUCGGGCUCGGAUUAUGCAGAUUCAUUCGCGCAAGAUGAACGUCAGUCCGGAUGUGAACUUUGAGGAGCUUGCGCGCUCGACAGAUGACUUCAAUGGGGCUCAGUGCAAGGCGGUGUGCGUUGAGGCGGGUAUGAUCGCAUUGCGAAGAUCUGCGGUGGCCGUCACCCACGAGGACUUUAUGGACGCCAUCAUGGAGGUGCAAGCGAAGAAGAAGGCCAAUCUGAACUAUUAUGCCUAAAUUGUAUUGCGCCAGGGCCAAGUUUGGUUUUGCUUCUGGGCUCUUUCUCUAGAAUGUAAUAAUAUAACAAGCUUAUUGAAUAUAUCAUGUAUCUUAAA